AUGGGGCUGUUCAGGACUUCUGUUUUCUUUUUAGUCCUCUACCUGCUGCAGGGCUCAAAUACUUCCCUGAUUAAGCUGAAUAACAGUGGCUAUGAAGACAUUAUCUUUGCUAUUCACCCUGAUGUGCAAGAAGAUGAGAAUAUAAUUAAACAAAUAGAGGACAUGGUGACUGCAGCUUCCACUUACCUGUUCAAAGCCACAGAAAAAAGAUUUUUUUUCAAAACUGUAUCUAUAUUAAUUCCUGAGACUUGGAAGGCAAACUCUCAGUACAAGAGGCCAAGACUAGAGAGCUACACACAUGCUGAUGUUUUAGUUGCACCACCGACCCUCCCAGGUAGAGAUGAACCGUACACAAGGCAGUUCACAGAAUGUGGAGAAAAAGGAGAAUUCAUUCACUUCACACCUGACUUUUUACUAGGAAAAAAAGAAAAAGAAUAUGGACCAUCAGGAAGAGUGUUUGUCCAUGAAUGGGCCCAUCUCCGGUGGGGCGUAUUUGACGAGUACAAUGAAGAUGAGCCAUUCUACAGUUCUUCGUCAAAAAAAAUUGAGGCAACAAGGUGUUCCACAGGAAUCACUGGUACAAAUAAAGUAUACUGGUGUCAAGGAAACAGCUGUGUAACUAGAGUGUGCAGACUUGAUUCCAAGACAAAACUAUAUGAAAAAGAUUGUCAAUUCUUUCCUAAUAAAGUUCAAAAUGAAAAGGCAUCUAUAAUGUUUAUGCAAAGUAUUGAUUCUGUCACUGAAUUUUGUAAUGCAAAAAACCAUAACCGAGAAGCUCCAAGCCUACAAAACAAGAAAUGCGAAUCCAGAAGCAUAUGGGAAGUGAUUAGCAAUUCUGAGGAUUUUAACAACACUGUUCCUAUGGAAGAAACACCUCCUCCACCUGUCUUUUCACUGCUGAGGAUCAGUGAAAGGGUUGUGUGCUUAGUUCUUGAUAAAUCUGGAAGCAUGUCGACUUCUCAACGCCUACAGCGUAUGAAUCAAGCAGCCAAACAUUUCCUGCUACAAACCAUUGAAAAUGGAUCCUGGGUUGGAUUGGUUCAGUUUGAAUCUAUAGCCUCUGUCAAAAGCAACCUAGUCCAAAUAACAAGCAACAGUGAAAGAGAGGAGCUUGUGAAAAAGUUACCUACACAAGCUUCAGGAGGAACGUCCAUCUGCUCUGGAAUCGAAGCUGCUUUUCAGGUGAUUAAACGGAAGUUCAAUGGAACAGAAGGAUCAGAAAUAGCGCUACUGACUGAUGGGGAAGACAACACUGUAAAGAGCUGUCUGGAUACAGUGAAGCAAAGUGGAGCAAUCGUUCAUUUGAUUGCUUUGGGAAAAAAUGCUGAAGAGGCUGUGAAAGAGAUGAGUCAAAUAACAGGAGGACAUCAUCUACUUGCUACAGAUAAUUUGGAGAACAAUGGCCUCAUAAAUGCUUUUAUGGCCCUUGAAUCAGGAAACACUGAUGUCUCCCAGAAGGCUAUUCAGGUCAGGGUUGGCAUUUGGACCUACAGUCUUCAAGCCAAAGCAAUCUCAGAAACAUUAACUGUAACAAUUACCUCUCGGGCAUCAAGCUCUUCUGUGCCUCCAAUCACAGUGAACACCAAAAUGAAUAAAGACACGAAUACCUUCCCUAGCCCAAUGAUUGUUUAUGCAGAAGUUCAACAAGGGUUCUUACCUGUGCUUGGAGCUACAGUGACUGCUUUCAUUGAAUCAAAGAGUGGAACAACGAACACUCUGGAACUUUUGGAUAAUGGUGCAGGUGCUGAUUCUUUCAAGAAUGAUGGUGUGUACUCCAGAUAUUUUACAAAUUAUACAGAAAAUGGCAGGUAUAGCUUAAAAGUACGGGUUCAAGGAGGAACAAAUACUGUCACAAAAAGCCUGAUGCGUCCAUUGAAUAAAGCUCUCUAUAUACCAGGCUGGGUGGUAGAUGGCGUAAUUGAAGGGAACCCACCAAGACAAGAAGCAAAUGAUACUCAGGCAACCUUGGAGAAUUUCAGCAGAACAGCAACUGGAGGUGCAUUUGUGGUAUCAAAUGUUCCAAAUAAUCCCACAAUUGACAUGUACCCACCAAGUCAAAUCACAGACCUUGAGGCCACAUUUGAUGAAGAUGAAAUCACGUUAACGUGGACUGCACCAGGAGAUGAUUUUGAUGUUGGAACAGCUCAAGAGUAUAUCAUAAGAAUAAGUGGAAGUAUACUUGAUCUAAGAGAUAACUUUGAUGAUGCUCUUCAAGUAAACACAACUGGUCUGUCUCCAAAGGAAGCCAACUCCAAGGAAACCUUCAUGUUUAGACCAGGCAAUAUCUCAGAUGAAAAUGCAACACAUGUAUUUAUUGCUAUUAAAAGUGUUGAUAAAGGCAAUUUGACAUCAAAAACAUCCAACAUUGCACAAGUAGCACUGUUUAUUCCACAAGCAGACACAAGUCCUGAUGAUAAUCCUCAGAAUCCCAGUUCUGGUGAAAAUCAGCACACUGGAGUCAACAUUAUUGCUGUGGUGUUUUUGGUGAUCGGAGCUGUUGUGGUUAUCUGGAUUAUUGUAGGUACCACAAAAUGCUUUGUAAGUAAGAAAAAAACUUCAAGUAGACCUAGGACUGGAUUUUAA